GAUGCUACGAAGGCGACUCAAGAUCUCACUCUGGAGAUUGUGCCGCGCGAUUCAGUGAAAAACGCAACCCCCUACUAGGUAGCGGGAAUUUUGUCAGUUCUGAAGUAAACCUUUGGAGAGAAUAUGGCCAGGGUGAACGACCUUUUCGCCGUUUCCCCGUCCCGGGUUCUGCUGGGCUUCACCACCUCCAAUAUCACAACUUCACCACUGAUUUCGGCCGUACCUUUGACGGACAAGGCCCUCGGCGUCCAUAAGGUCACCUCGGCCACGACCCAUAACCUCGUGCAGCCCCCAAUUCCCGUAGAUCGCGACGAUUCGCAGUGCGCAUGGGAGGCUCUCUAUCCCGAAGGCAGCAUCAAUCCGGGAAACAAAAUCGUACCUCCCGGCGGCUUCGGCUUCUACUUGCGCGGGCCGCCGGAAUUCGCACAAGCUCUUAAUGAUCCCGCGACGGGUGCGGAGGUCGUCUUCGGCUAUGACGUCCUUUUCGAAGAAGGCUUCGACUUCAGGAAGGGCGGAAAGCUACCGGGGAUCUAUGGGGGUGCCGGAGAUGCUGCGUACGGAUGCACCGGAGGACGCCAGACCGACAGAUGCAAGUGCUUUAACCUGCGGUUGAUGUGGCGCGAAAACGGCGUGGGCGAGCUGUACGCCUACGUCCCGCAAUCUGAGAUCAACACCCAACGGCUCCUCGCCGUCCCUCCUCGCUCGAUUCAGCAUCCCGAUUAUGGGUUUUCAGUCGGCCGCGGGGCGUGGACGUUCGCGUCCGGCCGCUGGACGCGCGUCACCGAACGCGUAAAAAUCAACGAUGUUGGAAAGGAGAACGGCGAGAUCGAGGUCCUCAUCGACGGCAAAUCCGUCUUCCUUGCCACCGGCCUCGUCUUGCGAACGCCCGAAGGCCCCGAUGCACGCGUACAGGGCCUGCAUUUUCAGACCUUCUUCGGAGGGCACAGUCAGGACUGGGCUUCGCCGAAGGAUCAGCGUGCCUGGUAUGCGAAUGUGUCCGGGGCUAUUAUCAAACCUCAACCGGGAGCAGCGAGCCCGCACGACGAACUGUGAUGCAUCUAUGCACCUGGCGAAUUACAUCUACGUAGUUGUCCUCAGUGCUUGCUCACUGUUGUGCUGAUUUCAAUGAUACCAAC